CAGCUAGAUCCAGAUACGUUGUAUGAUGUUAACGAGAGGAUCGGGCGCGGUGCCUUCGGUGAAGUUUUCAAGGGUGUGGACAAGAGAACUCGUCGUCCAGUUGCCAUCAAGCGUAUCGACUUAGAAGAGGCUUUAGAUGAGCUGGAAGAUAUUCAACAAGAGAUCAAUAUCCUUUCCCAAUGCGACAGUCCUUACAUCACAAAGUACUAUGGAUCCUACCUUAAAGGCACAAAACUGUGGAUCAUUAUGGAGUUUAUGGGUGGCGGGUCGGCCCUGGAAAUUCGUAAAGCAGUUAAAAUUGAUGAACCCUACAUUGCUACGAUUCUCCACGAAGUGCUAAUGGGUCUAUCCUACCUGCAUAGUGAGGGAAAACUACAUCGAGAUAUCAAAGCUGCAAAUAUCCUCCUAUCAGAUAAAGGUGAGGUGAAACUUGCGGAUUUCGGAGUGGCUGGACAGUUGACAAAGACUACGAAAAAACGGGUGACGUUUGUUGGAACACCCUUUUGGAUGGCUCCGGAAGUUAUAAAAGUCUCCUCUUAUGAUUACAAGGCAGACAUUUGGUCGCUGGGAAUAACAGCGAUCGAGUUGGCCGAGGGUGCGCCGCCACAUUCGGAUGUGCAUCCUAUGCGUGUUCUCCUCGACAUUCCUCACAAUCCUCCACCUAAACUCCCCGAACGCUACUCCACUAACUUCCGAGAUUUCGUCCAGUGCUGUCUUGUACGCUCCCCUGAAAACCGUCACUCAGCUCAGGAGUUACUGAGGCAUCCGUUUGUGAAGAAGCCCCGCAAAACCGUCUAUUUGCAGGAGCUCAUCGAAGCUUAUCGCGCUGCCCAACAUCGUGGUGACUUAGAUGAUGACGACGAUGAUGGAGAUUUGCAACGCGGACAACGCGGCAGUAAUGGUAAUGAUGUGCUCACCUUCAAAUGGGACUUUGGCACAAUCAAGAUGACCAAUUCAGCAGUCGCAGCAGCAGCAGCAGCUGGACAACAGUACGGCAGUGGUGUGGCUCCCCCUGUUGUACCUGCCCACGGCUCCUCAUCACCCAAGAAACAGACGGUUGCUCAGCAACAACAAUUGGCUGCUUCUUCUGGUGGUUCUGCCGCUGCGGGUCGUACUGGGACCCCACCUGGUGCUGGACCUGAUUAUGCUGGUCAACGUCAGUCUCGUCUCUUCCUCGGUCAACAGCCGGCAGCCGUUGCAUCACGGUCUACAGAGGCGCUUAAUCGCGCUCCACAACCCAGUGCGGUUGCAGCCGGAGCUGCUGCAGCCCUCAACCACCGGUCUUCGGGAGUGUUUGUCAACGAUGCACGCUCCUCGGCUAAGCAACAGGUCCCCGCCGCUCCCAUUGUCUCUAAUCGGCCCAAUGGUUCUGACUUGCUCCCUCCACAAUUUCUCAUCUCCAAGUGUCCUUCAAUGUAUGUUCUUUUCUAUCGAAUUUCAGCGGGACCAAGUCGCUAUCCACAGCCAGCCCAAGGCGCAGCACAUCGUUCUUCCUCAGCAAAUCCCCUUCAGAAUCCAUCCUCGCCUAAAUUGGGCGAUUUCCACACGCACAUUCGUCCCCUUCUAGCUGACAUUCAAGGAAUGUACGAAAAUGUGGCUGCCAAUCACUCCCCCUGUAUUGACUCACUAACGCACUCUUUCGAUCGUGUGGACUCGCAAAUUUCUAGCUUUACAAAGACCUUCAUAAUCGAGCUCACUCGGCGUAUUCUUGAUAAUGAUCCCAGCAUCACUGUAGAUCGUAAAGAACAGGCCGUGCGCCGAGUUAUGGGUUGUUGGAAUGUUCACGCGCGUCUCCUACACUUUCUGGCCAAAUUGGCUGCUAAUUUCAACUCACUUUGCUUUCAUUGGUUGAGUCUAACCGCCUACUCACCAUUGGAUGACAAUACUUUCUAA